AUGGCCGACCCUGGGCGUGACGCGCUUCUGCACCAACUUUAUAACCACGUCGUACUUCCGCGCGAUGUUCCAGGCCAAGAGGAUCCUAAUCUGCACCAGCUCGGCACCGAGCUCGCACGGCGCCUGUGCGAUGCCGUCAAACAAAUCAUUCCACACGCACCUUUGGAUGACCAUGCGGGUCUACAUGCAGUUCGGCUUGCCCUUUCGUCGUGCCUGACGCUCAACGUUGAUGGAAGGAUUGACAAGCAUGCACUCGCGAGGGAGUUAUGGCAGCUCGAAGGCAGACACGCUCUGAUACUUCAUGUGACGGAGCAGAAUGCUGCAUUGCUAAUCCACCCACACUCAAGUGGCAACGAUGGGCGCAAGUCAAUAAUCUUCGAGGCAUUCGAGACUUCGGCAACUAGCGAAGAAGUUCUUGCAUCCGAUGGUGCACUGCAGUGGGAUUUUCCCGGCCAGGCUAUAGCGAUACCCCACGAAACUUUUCUGGACGAGGACUUCCGACAAACUUUGGUGGCAUUCCUGGAGCAGAGCAGCCUCGAGACCAUCAAGCAGUUUGCGGCUGUCACCACCAAAGCUUCUGCAUCCAUCACAGAAGUGCGCGACACACCAAAUCCUACACUCGUGACCGGGUGGCUCAUGGCUAUACUGGAAGCUAGCGGCGCGUACCACGACACGCUCGGUCUUCGCAAGCGUGUGCGCGAUACCGUAUCUUUCCACAAGGCAUUCAAGCCUUGGCGCCGCUCGCCCUUCUACCUCGUCCUUCGAGUCGGUAUACAACGUCAUCUGUACAAGCUAUUUGGCCCAGAGAAGGGUAGAGUCUACUUCAAGACAAUCAUGUGCAUGUUUCUCUCAAACUUGCUGAUUGACGGACUGCACGCCAUCCCGAAUGACGCUUCGUAUCUUCUGAGCCAGAAGCUCGGUUCUCGUCUUGCGAAGCUCGAGCAGAGCUAUGCCGCAGGUGCCAAACUAGCUAGAGUUACGCAUCACCAGAUCUUCUCCACCUUGGGACGUCUGUUCACGGACAAACUGCUCUUUGCUACAAAGAGCUUGAAAUCACAGUGGGACUCCUACACCAAGCAGAUACGGCGCAUCAUCCACCAUAUCCCACCAGCUGCACGCGCUAGCGACCUCGAAUUGAAACUGUUGCACAGCGGACUAGUGCUGGAUAGAGCGGUACAGUCAUGCACUAAGUUUGUACAGAACAGAGUGCGCCCACAGCAAGAGAUACUGCAUCGGUACGAAAAGUCUGCUGGCUACAAGCCCAUCACAAUUGUCACCAGCCGCUACCUCUGCCUCUAUGCUUACGAGGAGAAGGUCUCCGAGGCUACAAGCUUAGCACUGACGCAAGACGGUUCCUCCCUAUGCUUCCAGCUGGCUGAUACAAUCCAAGCGUACGUUGCAGAAGUUGGGGCUCAGUACAACGGGUAUCCGGAAUUCAGAAGUCGUCAGCUUCUCACUCUGAUGGAAAUUUGGAAGGCUAUGGACGAGGCCGCGACUCAAUGCUAUCCGCUCCUCGCCCAGUAUCAUCCAGGCUUCGAUGCACGUGUUCUGGACGUUCUCGAGCUCUCAACGUUAGACGAACUUAGCCGCCUUCAGAUUGUGCAAUCGUACAUAGCGAAACGCUGCAGUGGGUGGUGUGGUCAGGGAUCAAAGACCAUUUUCGACGCACCGAACGCAGACUCAUAUGCCGCACGAGCAUACGAUGAAUGUGACGAUAUGUCCAAGCUACAAGAACUACGGCGCGCGAUUGAGAAAGAUGCGGAGGACCGACUCACAGCCAAGAAGGAGGAGUGGGAAAAGGCAAGUGCACGUCACGAGUCUAUGCGGCGGACGCUGGCACUGCCAACCACCGUCUGCCCAGGCUUCAGAACUGAAAUCGAUGCUCGCACCGGAAAGCGACCCCACAAGGCACCGUGCGCUUUUCACAAGCUCAAUUGGGAAAUGAAACAGAUGAAGAUCAACACGCAUGAACACCCACUUCCAGAAUCAGAACCAGAACUCAAGGCCUUGGUCUUUGAGUUGCUCUGUCCAUCAACGUUUGCAGCGUACCGGGACGCCACUUGGCUGAUCAUAUCCACUCUGGCUCAUCCACCAGUUACAGCUUUAGGAGAUGGCGUGCCUCUGCUCCGCGCUCACAAGGGAUUGUGUCGUUUCGCCAAUAAGACGAGGAGCACAGUCACGUUAGGCUCGGUCGGGAAACCGUUCACAAAGACUCAUUGGGAGACCUCGAAAUUCCCGACACCAUUUCAAGACAUAUGUUACCCCUUCGCUAUGUCGUUGAGAUACUAUGACACCGAGGGUGGGACCUGGACAUCUCGGGCAAGCGCCGCUUCAUUUGCUCACCUCCUCCCUUUGAAGCUGCCUACUGGAUCCCCGUACCUUUCUCUGCAAAACGACGGCGAGCAUUGGCCCACAUCAAAUGUGACCCUCGCAACGCAGACACAAUGUCCCCAAGAUCUGACUCCUCACGAAUUCACAGCUUGGCAGAGCCUGUUGCUUGGAACCUACUUGCGCUGGCCCUGUCUAUUGAGGGAGAUGGGCUCGACGAACUUGAAUUUCUCGACAGCUUCCACAUCGGUCGUCAUCUCCAGGCUUUGUCUGCAAGCUGGACCCGCAUCCACCGACGACAUCCUGCGUGACACUCAUUCGAUCUUUCACGAUGUUACCUUCUGCCUCAAGCUGCUCGAGCAAGUAGACAGCCGCUUGGAAACCAUUCGGCGUAAUUGGCGCGAGGCAAUCCAGCUUGACAUCCUGUUAAGCAUCCUCCUCAAGGUCAAUGCGAUGAACUCUAGUACUCGCAUCAGCCGGGUUGUAUCAAAACUGCUCGGAAAAGCACGCGCCAUAGCUGCAGGAUGGUACAAGAACCAAAACCUUGGAAGCGACCAAGCUGAGUCUGGCCCCUCAAUAUUCGCCAUCUGGGCAGCUGUGCUGUACAAGCGCACGGUCUACUCGCUGUUGGCGCCACACUGUGACAUAUCGUCUCAAAUUCUGGCAGACUUCAUUAUAAUGUCGAUCGCCCUUCAGGAGUGUCUAGUGGGUUUCCGUGGCGAGCGACUGGUCAUCCGUGCUGAACAGCGAGGAAAGCAGCAAAGCAAAGUAUUCGAACUUAUUGAUAGAUCACUGUUUAGCAACGAUCUUCCUGCUGCGCUCGUCGAGAAGUGCUACCACUGGGUGGAUCUCGCAGCCCAAACCAUGGAGAUCCGACAACAAGAACCGUUCAAGUCGAAGCUUUCGAACUGGCGUUUGGAUCUCAAGACUAGGCGCGCAACACGCAACGCAACACGCAACGCAGGCUCCACCUUGGUUGAUCCUCACUGUGCGCUCGCCCGGAGCAUUGCUGAAAACUUUUCCUACUUCGAGUUUGCCAAUAUGAUAACCGUGUAUCAACCGCCAAACAGUAAUAUCAGGGUCGAGUUGCAUCGUCUCGAACUACACUUUGUUGUCAAUCGGAAUGGGUCACUCCUCUGCCCUCAACUAGGGGCUAUUGUUGCCGAAACUGCAUACCAGGAUGUCGGGACAUGGCAUGGUCUCCGAAGCAAAUUGGUCAUGCGAUCCAUAGGGAGUCCCACGCAGUUCAGUGUCCUUCUACCCAUGGGUAGCCAUGUCAUCAAGCGGCACGGGCCUCAUGUAUCGAUCGUGGUGAGGAACAAGGGCGAGUAUCUGAAGUUCGAAGUCAACAACGUUCUUGGGCGGAUCGAAUGUCCUGCGGAGCCUCUUAUGCUGUACUACAGGGCAUUGUGGCAUGCGUUGACAGCUCAUCCCAUACCAGACGUGCUCACUGGUCGCACUGGAGUCGAAGAAGCUCUUCAGUAUCUGACUUCCGGAGCCUACCGCCCAUGGACGCCGUUAAAUCCCAGCGCGCGGGAUCUGCUCUUGAUGAUCGCAAAGCUGUCGCCCCGUAGAGGCUACUACCCGCCGACAAUGAAGAAGAUGGAGUCUGUGACUUGGGAUCCUGACACGACGGUGUACAUGCAGGAUGACAGGUACCGCCGAGCUGUCAACGACAUUCUAUUGAGGAACGCGCAACUUCAGAAGUUCUCACCGCCGUUCGAGUCUGUUGAUCGAAGUCCAACCGGUGCCGGUCAUGAUCACCUGGAAAAUCGAGCUCUAUCACGGGUCCCUGGCAGCACAUCCAAGCAUGCCCAGGCUUACCUGCGAAGAGACGGUCGUCUUGUUGGAACCCAACGCGAACACGUUAUCAGCUUGGCAAAGGUCCUUUUUGUCUCGACCCACGAAGCUGUACGCAAUGUGCAGCUAGCGAGACUGUUCGAAAACACGUCGGUCAUUGGUGGCUACGUGAAGCGAUUCGACAUGAUUCAGAUCACGGAUAUCCUGGAAGCAGAUCAGGUGCUGCACUGGGGACCUCUGGUUAUCACUGCCCUGAAAUGCUCCAACAACAAGAAGUUUCACUUGACGUUUUUAUUCUGCUUGUUGGCGUUCUCUCCCACUGCGAACAUGCAGUUACUGCGAGGUGCGCUUUCAUUCGCUCUUCUUCACGACCUGAGAGUAUUGCGACUUCCGAAGAGCCCUUCAUACAAUCGUUUUGUAUCUCACGAAAUGCCCACCGUGGAUCGCCUCAUGGAAUUAAUGGAGGAUGCAAAGCAGCCAUACGUCGCGAAUGUCAAGGCCAAACCAAGCAGGGUUUUGAAUCUCGAGUUGCGGCACAACACGGAUGCCACGGACGCAUGCAGGACGCUUGCAACAUCCAUUGUUGCCCUAUGGCCAUCCAAAGACCUUGACCGUCUUCUCCUGACAACGGUCAACGAUAGCUUGCUUGAUCGUGAAGAAGCCUUGGCGCUCGUGCGGCCAGAGUGGAACAGGUUGGUUGACAACGACGAUUUCUCUGAUCACCUUGUCGAGCUCCAAACAGUUCUUUCAUCGUACCCAGAGUUGAGUCAAGCCGAGCAUCAGACUGAGUCUCGAUUUGAUGUUUCGCCAUCCUCUCUGUAUCCGUCAACCAUGGGGGGCGGUGGGACUCUGCUCCUCAAGGAUGUCUUGACGAAAGAUAUUUCCUUCAUCUCGGCUAAGAGCAGAGAAGUCGACUACGUUGAGCCCUUCAAGAAGCCCAGGGUGUUUAACGUGAUGCAGCUUCUUCCGGCCAACUCAUAUGUUUCGAAACCCGUUGGGGAACUCUCGCAACUCGUCGCACCAUAUGAGUCUUCAACUUCCAUGGUCCACAGACGAUAUGGUGUUGAGCUGCAAGACAGUAUCAAAGCGCUGGUGAAGCGUCUCAACCAUCCAAAUCCCCCCCAAGAGCCUUUCAAUCCCACCAAGUUGGCCGAAAAUUUGGUUACCGCGGAUAGAACCUGGCGGAUGAUCAUUGAGCAGAUGCGUGGUGCAUUGCGUCGACAGGACGCGCCAGCAAAGUGGCUCGAUUUGGUCGGCCUGUGGCCGAGGGUGACGAUUCGUACUCUGCUAUCAGAGCUGCGUAGUACUUCAGGAGCACGUUUCGGCGUUGGUGUAAAGAAGACGCUCAUCGACCUGGGGCUAGCCAUCACGAGGUAUCAGCGCUUGUUACGUAUCCAGAGGGCUAGUUCGAACGGUCGCAGCCAGCAGCUGUCCGAGGAACGUGUCAACGCUGGUCACACGAAUUGGAAGCCUGAGGACCAUGUUGAUUGGCUCAUUCUGGAGAUCGACAAUGAUAUCAUGCUUCGCCCAGAGCAGGUUGACGUGGCGCUCGCGACAAUAUCUCCUCAGUCUGGCGAGAACUCGGUGACGCAGCUGUUGAUGGGCAAAGGCAAAACUUCUUGCAUUCUUCAUCAACAGCUGAUGCACGCUUACGGUUGUCUGCACAACGAGGUUCAACUGCGGAAUGGCAUCGUACUAGCAUUGCCAGAGCACAUCCUGUCCUUCAAACUCAGCGGCAUCCAGCGCCUGUGCGAUGGCAAGGUCGAUGAGUCCGCCGUCAUGAUCAAGAUUCAGGACCGCUUCGAUCGGCAUGCCAGAGAUGUACUCGACGAAUGCGAUGUCACCCUUGGCAUCCUGAACAGGUUUCCCCACAGCAUCGAGGUAGUCAGGAGGACAGGUGUUUCGCUGUUCUACUUCCUGCGUGAUGACGUUGAGGUGUACCUGCUUGAUCAAAUGGUACAAAAGAUCUGCAGAGGCCAGACAUCGAUUUUACCGCUGCGCCACCUUUCGCGGCGUGCGCAACAGGACAUUCGCUCCUUCAUCACCGAGCCCCUAGUCGAUGCCGCAAUCACUUCCAGGGUCAUGGCAAUGUUCGGGGAGAAGCAACAUUUGGUGCACGUAGUCCUUCAUUUGCGGGGCCUCCUAGUGUAUGGCAUCUUGCUUUCGACUUUGAAGAAGCGCUGGAAUGUGCAAUACGGCCUGCAUCCAACACGGGAUCCGAUAGCAGUGCCUUACCAGGCCAAAGGUGUCCCGUCACCCACCUCGGAGUGGGGCCAUCCGGAUGUCGCCAUCAUACUCACCUGCCUGUCAUUCUACUAUGAAGGUCUCAGUAUGGCGCAAUUCAAGCGAGCAUUCAACCAGCUUGCAAAGUCAAAUGAACCCAGUAUUGAGUAUGGUAUGUGGGUUGCGGAGGGUGUGCCUGAAGCGUUCAAGAACUACAACGGCAUAAAUGUAGAGGACAGCCAGCAGUUGAGCGAGCUGCAUCAGCAUGUCAACAGGUACAAGGUGUGCCUGCUUGACUCCUUCAUGAAUAGCUUCGUGUUCCCACAGCACGCAAAGCAAUUCAGCGACAAACUGUCGGCAUCAGGCUCCGAUCUGGUCCUUUAUGAUCCUAUGCGCUGUGGUAACGCAGCCACGACGGGGUUCUCCGGCACCAACGACACGCGACAUCAGCUGCCCAUGGCGAUCAAGCAGAAUGACCUCCUGCAACUGGCGCACAGCAAUGCUGAAGUUCUGAGCUAUCUACUUGAAGAUCGCAACAGGCGCUACGUGCGCAUGGUGGACCCUGAAUCCAAGCGUCGUCUCAGCGAAACUGAUCUACUGCGCAAAUUGUUGCAACCUGGCACUCUAGCGGAACCCCAUUCACGCAUUCGAAUUCUCAUCGACGCUGGUGCACAGAUUCUCGAGCACAGCAAUCUUGGUCUUGUUAAAGCAUGGCUGGACAUCGACACAGCCGCAAAGGCCGCGGUCUAUUUCGACACCACUCACCGUGCUAUGGUCGCCUAUCGCAAAGGCAUGAAUGUACCGCUUGUCGCCACUCCCUUUGUGGAGAACUUGGAAGAAUGUCUGGUGUAUCUUGACGAGAGUCACUGUCGAGGCACCGAUCUCAAGCUUCCACCAUACGCGAGGGCCGCUGUAACGCUAGGACCUCAUCUGACCAAAGAUGCACUCGCACAAGCAGCGAUGAGAAUGAGACUUCUCGGAAAGUCACAGUCCGUCACGUUCUUCGUUCCACCUGAAGUACAUCAGAGCAUUCUGGAUGUCCGAUCAGCUGCGAAGGCGCCUAUUGAAUCACUAGGAUCGCCCGACGUCAUUCGAUGGCUUCUACAGCGGUCUUGCAAUGCCAUAGACCAGCUCGAGCCGCUGUACUACAACCAGAGCGUCGACUAUCUGAAGCGUACACAAGCCAAGCUUGACUACCCAGACUUCCUUCAGACUCGAUCGUCCCGAAAGGCGUUCCUCAAGGUCGUACGCGCGAAAGAGCAGGUCUCGUUGAAGGAGCUUUACGAACCAAAAUCUGCGCAAGCCAUCAAUUUCGUCGACCCCGCUACGUUUGCCCCGCCCUUACGGCUAUAUGCUACCGAGAUUCUGCAGCGUAGAAGAGACCUCCAGGACCGUGGCAUGACCAUUUGCUCUUCUAGCCUCGAGGAAGUAGAGCAAGAGCGUGAGGUGGAGUUCGAGCUCGAGUGCGUUCGCGAGGUGCAGCCGCCUGUUCGCUUCGAAGCUUUGCCGAUCGAUGAGCUGCAUCGCGACAUCAAGCAAUUUGCCACUACUGGUAGACUAUCAAUGGCAAGCGGUGCGUUUGAACCUAUGUUCUGUGCUCUACGGAAAUCGGCACUUGGUUUCAAACAUGGUACAACCACGGCUGCCAGUACUCCUGGUCGGCUACUUGUUUCUACACAGUUUACUAGGACUGUCGAUGUCCCUGAGACAAACGAUAACUUCCUUCGACCCUGCCACUGGCUGCUGUGGCAUUGCCAAAAGGAGAUCGGCAUGUUAGUCAGCCCCGAGGAGGCAGACCGACUUAUCCCGAUCCUGCGCAACAAGCUUCUCGACGUCCCGACUUGUCAUCUUAUUGUGUAUGCAGCCCCACUCACUCGACACAUGCUACACUUCAACGACAUCGACUAUUAUGCAAUCCCAUGUCUACCAACUACCUUCAAAGCGCCAACUUGGUUAAAGGUCGAGCUGGGCAUCUUUGCAGGUCGUCUGUACUUCGAGUGGAAUGAGUACGACAUGAUCAUGUCUUAUCUAGGCAUGGAAGCUACUCGUGAAGACGCUGCCGAAUUUGUGCCGAGUGAUUGCAAGGAGACAUUUACCGCGAAGCCUCUAGCUUUCCUGCAUGACUGGCUCGCUGUACGUCGUAGUGGCCUCGACUUCGAACACACGCCUGUUGGAUUCAUCACGACCGGAAAGCCGCUCUCUACUGAGCAUUCGUUCUUCGCCGCUCUCGAGGAGCAAGAGGAUACCGAAACCGAGUUGCUACAUACUACACAAGCCACAAGCAACCAGAUUGACGGUGCGGAUGAAUCUGACGACGAAGACUAUGACAAAGAGCAUCUGUUCCAGCAUAAUGAGGACGAUAAUCACGACGACUUCCAUGAUGCGCAGGAGGCGUUCGACGUUGAAGGCAAUACGUUCUUCGACGGUGAGGCAUACGAGCCUGCCCAGGAGGGAGAUGGUGAUGAAAAGGAGGAGUAG